CUUCCAAAUAAAUCAUGUUCAGGGAACUGUUACAUUGUGUUGAGUCCAUGAUCAUUUUAUUGAGCCGCUAAAUCCAAAACUAUCAAGCUUCACGCGUGAAUUUCCAAAUAACAAGCUUCACCAAGCUGAAACACGGUGAACGAACGAAAAGCUGCUACAAAACCAAAGCUUUAAAAAGCCGUACAAGCCAAAUGCAGCCAAAAUAAUGUUCAGAACGCAGUACAAGCUGCUAUCCAUACCCAAAAUGCCAACACCGAAACUAAAACGAGACGCAUGCGUGCAAGCCAAACUACCUGCUGCAAGGUCAAGCGCAACUCAAAACGCACGUUGUAAUAGCAACUACACAAUCCAAAGCGCACAUGCCAAAACGCUGCAAGCUGCCAAACUCAGCUAUUCCACAACACAACUGCAGCGCAAGGCUUCUAAGUACCUGCUACAAGCACUUAUGCGCUGCACAAAGCCAAAACUCAAAGCAAGAUCAAAACGGCAGCUACGACAUGAAAACUCCAAGCUAUGUAAGCCUCAAGCUGCAGUGAAAAUCCAAAAGUGCAACAUAAGCUUACCUGAAUAUUUCUUACAUUCCUUCGUCUUCUCGAGUUCGUCGGUAACCAAGGAAUUCCUCGUCUUCGAAGACCAUGGAUUGUGGACGAAGGAAUACUAAAAGGUACAGUUUCAGAUGUCCUGAUUUGAAGGAAUUAAGGAAAUUGUCAUCCUUUGUAUUAGAUCCCUUGGAUUUCAAGCAACGUCAUGGGAAGCUUUUGUCUGUGUUAUCUACUGAUGUGGUUGAAGGACUUCUAAGUUUUUUGGUGCAGUUUUAUUACCCCUCUACUGGUGCUUCACUUUUCCUGAUUAUCAGCUUGUGCCUAUGUUGGAGGAGUAUGCCCAUCUCUCGGGUAUGCCCAUAUCUAACAAAGUACCUUUCAGUGGAUAGGAGGACAUUCCCAUAUCUCAUGUCAUAAUCGAAGCUCUUCGUCUGAAUAAAUCUGAGAUUGAUGCUUAUUUGGUGAAGAAAGGAGGUAUUCUUGGGUUGACUUCUGAGUUCCUCAUUGGUAGAGCCAUUGUUUUCGCUCAAGCCUGCAACAUGGAUGCUUUUGAAGCUAUAUUGGUAUUGUUCAUCUAUGGUUUAGCCUUGUUCAUCUAUGGUAUUGUUCAUCUAUGGUUUAGCCUUGUUCCCUACCGCAAGAUCAACCAAGCGCUGGAGUCGUCUACAAAGGAGCAUGACCUUACCAAGGAGAAACUAGCUAGGGCCUUGAGGGUUAUUGAAGAUGAGAAGAGGAGACAAAUCCUUGUGAGGGAUCAGAGAGAUGCCAGAACUAAAGUCCUUGCCACAGAAUGGGAAGCUGAGAAAGUGAAGAUCAUUGCCGAGAGAGAUCACUACCUUGCUGAGAGGGAUCAUUAUUCCCGACAGAUGAAGAUUUACCAGAACGAGGUGGGGAGAUUGCAGCAGGAGAACACUGAGCUUAGGUUCGCGGUGAAGUUUACCAAGAUGGUAGAUGAUGCAGAACCUUCUGUGGGGCCUUCUUCAGUGUAGCCUUUUGUUAUCAUUUGUGUUGA